AUUUACGGUUUUUUUGUCUGCAAAAGAGUUUUUCAAAUGUUAAAAUAUGCCCUACCAGUGUGAGAAAAACGGUUGCUUUUGGGGAUUUAGGACCGAAUUCAUUGUGUAUCUAAGUAGAAUGUUUGGAAAAAGUGCGAAAGUCCUUAAGGAACUUAAGGGUUUUUUCACACACUAACUUAACUUAAUCUUCAGGCUAUUAAAUUACCAAGUUUUAUUUAAAUCAAAAAAUGCGGUGAUUUUUCACUUUUAUUUGAAAUGAAAGAAAAAAAUAAAAAGUUUCCAACAGUGGAGUUUGGCGCACAAAAAAUCUUGGGCAACCGAAAGAAGAAGGUUUUCACAAAUUUGUGAUUUUUUUCGGAAACCUUCAAGUUUCUAAAUUAUUAAAUUUUGCUCAAAUCAAUAAACGCACCAAUUUUUUAGAGGCACUGAGAGUUGAAUGUCAAAAAUAGAAAUUUGUCAAACGUGCACUUUUGGAAAAUAGAAAUUCCUCCUUCGAAACAUAAAGACAGAGAUUUUAUAAAUAUCUCAAUUUCCUCGGAAACCUUCAAUCUAAUGAAUUCCCAUGUUCGGCGAAACCAAUAAACACAAUGAUCUUUCAGCAUUGAAAGUUGAAGAAAAAAUUAAAAGUUUUAAAGGUGUAGUUUAGUUUAGUAGUAUUAUUAAAAGUGUAGUUUACAUCGAAAUUGCAGAAAGGACUUUUCUUUAACAGAUUCAAUCAAAAAUUUCCAAUUAAUUCCUUGCGUUGACUUUUGGUAUUGAAAAUUCCAAAUUGAAAAAUUAAUGAAAAUGUAAACCUUUAUUCUAACUAUCAUUUGGAUCCUUGUCUUCUAUUUGAUCUGUUUAUUAAAUUUUUCUCGACAUUUUCAAGACAAUUUUCAGUUUUACGCUCUUUCACUAACUUUCUCCGGACUCUCAAUAAUGAAAGCAAAAAAUCACCGCUAAAAUGAAACUGCAACCGCACCGCCUUUGUAUUAUUUUUGGUGUGUAACUCAGUGACCCUUUAACCAAUUUACAAUUUUAAAAGUGUAUUAGAAAGAGCAUUUUAUUGCCUUUGAUUUAUUUGCCCUCAGUUUGCUUUCUAGCUUCUAAAACGCCCAAGCUAAGUGCGCGGGGAAUCGUCACAAAACCUAAUUUGAAUAUUACUCAUUGCAUUCUGAUCCAACUGUGGAAAUAAAAAAAUAAUUUUAAAAACAAUUUUUGUUUCUUCAAUCUACUUCUCGACAUACGCUUUGGUGGGCGCCCAGAAACGCAAGCAGAAGCGUAUGAAAAUCAACUACGAAUGAACGUUUUUUUCUUUACUUGAAACGUUUUUUGGCAAAAAACACUUGUUACCAAAAUCGGAAUUUUGCGAUUACAAAUUCGUGACCAUGAAAAUCAGUCUGCUCGGUACGACCGGUUGUGGUGCACUUCUUCGUGUGGUACUCGUAUAUUUAAAUAGGUAUUUUAAAUUUUCCGGCAGUUCAAGAAACCCGAAUAUUUGCGCUUGUUCAGUAUUUUGCUGCAUGGCUACUUUCUGAAUUCUGCUGAAUUCUUUUAUAGUCUGAAGCUUUUUAUCGCGAAUAAUUACAAAAUUGAAUAUAAAGGUGUUUAAGAAGGCACUAAAUAGUUAACUCGGUUUGGAUCCAAAACGAAAAACGUAAGGGAUCGAUCGAUUUUUCAUUUCAAAUUUAAAAUCGAUUUAUUAAUUCGACUGUUUUAUUUAUCUAAUCCAAUUUGAGUUAAUAAUUCUAAUCAAUUCUUUUAACUUUUAAUUGAAAAGUUUUUUGCCUAAACAAAUAAUGUUGAAAAGUUGACAAAUUUACAUAAUCGCCUGAAAUUUGGGAUUUUUAUUUGACCAUCUUCUCGUAUAUUCGUCCUAUAUGCCGGACCGACAACUGCUGGAAACAAUUUUAUAAGUAAAAUAUUAAAGUACAGCUUCUAUUUUCGAAUCGAAGUUGCCAGCAAGUUAAUUAUAAUUAACUAAUCGCUCACUUUACGCAUCUGGAUUUUUAAAUAAUCUGGCAAUGAUGCAAAACUUUCUAAAUUGACCCGGUAUUCAUACACCAAGGCUUCCAACAUAAAUUGAAGGAUUGAGCGUGAUUUUAGUUUCAGUUAAUUUUCUGAUAGAACGGAACAAUAGUCUAUCGUUAUUGUCCUAAAUCUUUAUUAUAUCAAGUUCAUCAAACUAUCCGCGAGUUUUUCCAUUUUAAUUGGAGUUUUCUUUAAUUGAAGUGAACGAACUUUCUUUUGAAACAUGGAUGUUACCCAGAAAUACCCGAAGAAGUCCAAUCCCGUUCAGAAUGCCAAUCCGCUCUCUCAGUUAUUAUUUCUAUACAUGUUCCCGAUUUACAAAAGAGCUUACAAAAAAAAGCUUACUGAAGACGAUUUAUUUUCGCCAUUACCAUCGCACAACUCCUGCUUUUUGGGAGCCGAACUGGAAGAUAUCUGGAUAAAAGAGCAGGGCAAACAUAACAAGGCUGCACUACAUCGAGCUCUACUUAAAAUGUUCGGUGGACGUUUUUUCAUUAUAGGGCUUUCACAAUUAUUUAGUGAAAUUUUGCUUUUAACGGUCGUACCAUUUUCAAUAGGCAAACUUGUACGAUAUUUCGAAACGAACCAAAAAACCAUUUCGGAAAAUGAAGCUUAUUACUAUUGCGGAGCUUUAGUGUUGGGAAUAACGAUUGAUGCUGUUUUGGCCCAUCCUCGACUUAUGAGCCAUCAACAUCUGGCAAUGAAAAUGCGAGUCGCUUGUGGAUCUCUCAUCUACAGAAAAACGAUGAAAUUGAGCCGCAACGCUCUAAACAAAGCGACGGUUGGGCAAAUGGUAAAUUUGCUAUCCAACGACCUGAGCAGGCUCGAUCAAGGUUUCAUUUUAGCCCACUUCGCCUGGAUUGGUCCAGUACAAGUCACAAUCGGAACUUGGUUGCUCUAUAGAGAAAUCGGAUAUGCUGCUUUAUUUGGAGUUGCAUUUUUAAUAUCUUUCGUUCCUUUACAAGCUUUUCUGGCCAAAAGAACAUCAGUCUUACGAUUACGCACCGCAUUGCGAACUGACGAAAGAGUGAGACUGAUGAAUGAAGUGAUAUCAGGAAUACAAGUAAUCAAAAUGUACUGUUGGGAAAAGCCUUUUUCAAAGCUUGUCAGCCUAGUGAGGAAGAAGGAAAUGGAAGCGAUUAGAGGCCACGCCAUCAUCAUGGGCCUAAUUUAUUCCUUCGAAGUUUUCGUAGCGAGAACCGCAAUUUUCCUAAGCAUUUUAGGAUAUGUGCUCUUAGGCAACUAUGUUACCGCUGAAAAAGUGUUCUCCAUCACUGCCAUUUACAAUGUACUUCGGCCAGUUAUAACAAUCCUCUUCUCUAUAAGCAUAUCGAGCAUAGCCGAAGUGAAUGUAUCCAUUUGCAGAGUUCAGAAGUUUCUGAGCUACGAGGAGGUGAGCGGUGAGAAAGAACCGAAAGGUACUGAAAAUGGGCUAGAUAAACACGAAUCCAUAAACAGCAAACCCAGAAAGGAAUAUUUCACUAAACCGAAGCUGGUUCUGCGAAACGUUUGCGCAAAAUGGGAGGAAGGAAAUGUGGAAAACACCUUGGAAAAUAUCUACCUAAAUGUAUCUUCCAAUAAAUUACUAGCAGUUACGGGUCCAGUUGGGGCAGGGAAAAGCAGCCUUAUCAACGUCAUUCUUAAGGAACUGCCCAUUCACUCAGGAACCAUGGAAAUUCAAGGCACCCUAUCAUAUGCGUCGCAAGAACCUUGGCUGUUUUCCGGAAGCGUAAUGCACAACAUCCUCUUUGGCGAAGAAUAUGACGAAACGCGGUACAACAAAGUGGUGGAAGUUUGCGCCCUAAAGUCCGACUUUGCCCUGUUUCCCUAUGGCGAUAAAACGCUUGUAGGUGAAAAGGGAAAGCUGUUAAGCGGUGGCCAGAAAGCCCGAAUAAAUCUGGCUCGAUGCAUUUAUAAGAAAGCCGAUAUUUAUUUGUUGGAUGAUCCUCUAUCGGCAGUCGAUGCCAAUGUUGGGAAGCAUUUGUAUGAAAGUUGUAUCCAGGAUUUUCUUAAGGAUAAAAUGCGAAUAUUGGUAACGCAUCAGUUGCAGUAUUUGCAAAGUGCCGACAUUAUAGUGAUUAUGAAUGAUGGUCAAAUUCAAGUUGAGGGAAAUUAUAAGGAGUUGCAGAGCAGUGGAGUGAAUUUCAGUAAAUUAUUUGAUGCGCAAAACACAGAAGAAGAAGGCGAAAAGCGCAAAACAACAUCGAGGCAAAAUUCCGAGGUGAAAAACAAUUUAAGCUGUGAGGAUGAUGAUAUCGAGGAACCGUUACUGGAAAAAGAAACUCAGGACAGUGGCACCAUAUCCGCAUCGGUUUACUUACAAUAUUUCAAAUCAGGCGGAAAUAUUUGCAAAAUACUCCUGUUAUUAUUCCUAGUUCUAAUUUGCCAAGGCGCUGCAACUGGAGCAGAAUAUUUUGUCACCUACUGGGUAAACCUUGAACAAGAUCUAGCGGACAAAGUUGCUGCAAAUCUCACACUAAGCAACGAAACUACAAUAGACAGAACACAGAUUUUAUAUAUUUAUUCAGGCCUCACCGGUUUAACCAUCGUGAUAUCGGUGGUCAAAGCCAUAUUCUUCAUGUUCUUCUUCACAGUCGCUUCAAAAAAAUUGCACGACUUUAUUUUCUCGAAAAUAGUUCAGGCCAAAAUGCGCUUCUACAACAGCAAUCCAUCCGGGCGGAUUUUGAAUCGAUUCUCCAAAGAUAUUGGACAUAUUGAUGAAUACAUACCGUCAGUUUUACUAGACGUGAUCGAGAUUGCCUUACUACUAAGCGGCACCAUCGUCUUAACUUCAAUAGUGGAACCAUUCCUGCUCAUUGCUGCUUUAGGACUGUUGGUUUUGUUCUAUUCUUUUCGCUGUGUAUACCUGGAAACAAGUCGAAGCGUUAAACGUGUUGAAGCAAUCACAAAAAGUCCAUUGUUUUCCCACAUGACCGCAUCGGUGCAAGGAUUGAGCACAAUUCGAGCUUUUGCAGCCCAAAAGCUGCUGAUCAAUGAGUUCGACGAAUUGCAAAAUCGCCAUAGCGCUGCUUGGUUCCUAUUCAUUGCAUCUAGCCGAUGUUUUGCCCUUUGGCUCGACCUAAUUUGCAUUUUCUUUAUCGCAGCAGCGACAUUCAGCCUCAUCGCUGUAAAUAAAAUAAUCCAUGGUGGAGACAUCGGCUUAGUCAUCACUCAAUACAUAGGCCUGAUGGGUUCCUUGCAAUGGGGAAUGCGGCAAUGGAGCGAGCUGGAAAACCAAAUGACUUCAGUCGAACGGGUUCUGGAGUAUACGAAAGUGGAGAGCGAACCCGAACGAGAACUCACAAACCCCGUUCCAGUCGAAUGGCCAAAGAAAGGGCAAGUAAAGUUCGAAAAUGUCCAGUUGCGGUACAGUGAAUCCGAACCGUAUGUGCUGAAAAACCUGAAUUUCUCCGUGGAACCCAAGGAAAAAAUUGGAAUAGUUGGCCGCACAGGAGCAGGGAAGUCUUCAACAAUAUCCGCGCUAUUUCAGUUGUAUGAUAUUGAAGGCAGUAUCAUCAUAGACGGGUUGGAUAGUACCCAGCUUCCUUUGGAUGUGGUUAGAUCGAAAAUUUCCAUUAUUCCCCAAGAACCUGUGCUAUUUUCAGGUACCAUGCGCAAAAAUCUGGAUCCCUUCGAAAAAUACAGCGACGAAGUCCUGUGGGAAGCUUUAGAACAAGUGGAGCUAAAGAGCGAGAUUGCUGAAAUGCCUGCCGGCUUAAACAGCAACGUUUCGGAAGGAGGCUCCAACUUCAGUGUCGGCCAAAGGCAAUUAAUCUGCCUGGCCAGGGCUCUAAUACGAAACAACAAAAUUCUGGUGCUGGAUGAAGCCACCGCUAAUGUGGAUCCUCAUACUGAUUCUCUCAUCCAAAAUACCAUUAGAAUUCAGUUUGCUGAUUGCACAGUUUUUACAAUUGCUCAUAGGCUGCACACGGUGAUGAAUGCAGAUAAGGUGCUGGUUAUGAGCAGUGGAAGAAUCGAAGAAUUCGAUCAUCCUCAUACUCUUCUCCAAAAUGAAGAUGGUGUACUGAGACGUUUGGUGAACGAUACUGGAAUGAGCACGUCGGAAAAGUUGGAAAAUAUGGCCAAGGAAAAUUACUUAAAGAAACUUGAAUAGUUCCAUCCAACCACAAAGAAACCGUCAAUAUAGCUGUGAUUAAUUUUUCCAUACCAGUAUUGUAGCCGAAUAAUCAUAAAUAUUUUGUACUUGAACGUGUAGAUCACAUACAUCCGUUUAAAUAUAGUGUUUUUAUUCAA